AUGAAGAAAACUAAUAUGUUACUACCAAAAAGAAGCGAAGCAAUAAUAAUAAAAAAAAGUAAGUUAUUUUUUCUGAGCACCAAAAGGUAUGAAACUACGAAUAUAUCCAUCCAAAAAAAUGAUGAUAAUAUUAAUAUAAGUGUGGAAACAAAGGAGGAUAUAAAAAAUGAUAAUUUUAUCAGCAAUAACAAAAACGAUGGAAAUGCUAAGAGAAACAUAGAAAAUGACUAUUUGGUCAAAUAUCAUGAUGAAAAUAAAAAUUUAAUAAAAACAACUAAUUAUAUUUUAAAAAUACACUUAAGAGAUAAUAUAUUUGUUAACCAAAAAAAUAACUUUUACAAUUAUUUCUAUAAUUCAUAUCCGUUUAUUAUAAACAACUAUAUUUCACAAGUAAAGGAAAAUUAUCUUUCUCUUAACGAUAUCGAAAAUGAAAACAAUAGAAAUAAAAAACUCAAUGACACACCUAAACAAAAAUCAAAUUAUGAAAUUGAGAAAUUAUUGCAUACUUUUCUUUACUAUAAUAAGGAUACCAAAAAUUCGUUAGAAGAUGAAAAUUUCUUAAAUAUAAUAAAUAACAAAAUGAGCAACCUUAGUAAUGCUUCAGAAUUAUUAAAAUGGUUGAAUAAAAAUGUGCACUUAACAAUUUUAAAAACUGGAAAAAAUAAGAAUGAAGAACUAUCUAAUAAGAUAAUCAGUAAAGAAAAGACCAAACUAUAUGGAAAAUUUAGCAAACUAUUUCAAAAUAUAAUUAAUAAUAUUAAUGAUACAAAUGAUAUGAAUAAAAAAAUUGAGAUACUACUAUACUUAAUAAAUAUAUGCAAUAAAAAUAUAUUUCCACAAAUUUAUGAACAGGCUAAGACAUGUUUGGAAGGAAUUUAUGAGAAAAUAAAAGUUAACCAAAAAAAAAAUCCCAAAAAAGGAAUUGAACAACAAUAUAUUAUGUUUUUAUUAUACAAAAAUUUCCUUUCAAAAAAUGUUGAAAAAUAUAUUAAUAUGGAACUUAAGAAAUAUUUGACGGAAGAAAUAUCUUUUUAUAAUUAUUUAAAAAAUGAAAAUAUAAAUAUUUGCUUAUUAAGUUUGAUAUAUCGAGAUUUAUCUUUUAUUAAUAAUUAUGAAAUAAAAUAUGUUCUCAUGAAUUUGGCAUUUUCAAAAAUAAAAACUGCAGAUAUGUUUGUAGAAAUAAAUAAUUCUUAUAAUGCCAUAACGUCUAUAAAAAAUUUACAAAGCUAUACAAAGCUUAAUGGAGAUAAUAAUAGAUAUGCCCCGAUUUUGAAUAAUUUUAAAGAAGGAAAAAAUAAUAUAACUCAAAAAAACAAAAAAAAUAAUCUUUUUAUCAGCGAUUCUUAUUUAUCAUUUUUCUCUAACACAUUACUAAAAAACAACUUUUACACUUUUUUAAAAAACGACUACAUUUAUUUCGAUGCAACAAAUAAAUUCAAUUCGCAAACAGACAUUAAUAACACUAAUAUUAAUAAUUAUGUAUUCUACAACUUAUUAGUCGCUAUUAUACAAUUAAAAGAAGCACAUUUAAAAUUAUGUGAUAAUAUGCAAAUAAAAAAAAUGAAAUUUUUUCUCGAAAAUGAAAAAAAUACAGCAUUGCUUAAUUUUAUUUUCAAAAUAAAAAGCAACUCAUAUUAUUUGAAUGAUUUUAUUAUACAAAAUAUAACGUUUUUUACUAAAUAUUUUGUUAAACACAAAAUAAAUUUUCCUAACAAUAUCUAUCCAUACAUAUUGAGUAUAUAUUGUAAUCUUAUUGAUAAUAUGAAAAAUAUUGAAAAUUAUUCGGAUAUAAAAAAAGGAAAAAAUUUAAUAAAUGAUAGUAAGCACAUUGUAAAUUAUAUUAUCAACGAAAUUUAUUAUAACAUCAAUUUAUAUACACUCAAAGAAUAUUUAUCUUUAAUUAAAUGUAUUCAAGUAUUACCAAAAAAAUAUAUGUUUGAAUUAAAGCGUGAUAUAUACUCUUCUAGGAAUAGAGACAAACUAAAUCCCCACAAUUUUUAUAAUGAUGAAUUAGAUAAAAGUAAUGAUAAGUUAAAUUUGCAAAACUUGCUUGAUUUGGGCACAACAAAAACAGAGAAAAAAAAUGAGCAAGUUCAAUCGCCUCAUUUGCGUAGUAAUAAUUCUGCUAAAAUUGAAUCGACGAAAAAAGUGAUGAAGAAUAAUAUUUUUCCAAAUGGACAUAUGGAUAAUUUAAUCAAAAAUAAUUUAAAAACAAAAAAAAGUGUUACUAUAAUAAGCACCAGUGAUUUUAUUGGAUUAACAUCAUUGCCAAUUUUCAACGAGUUGAAUGAAGAUUUUGUAUUAAAAAUAAGACAAAAUGAACAAAUGAAAAUAAGAGAAGUGAUACCAAGCAAGCUUUCCAAUAACGCAAAUGUGGCUUCUAUAAAUUUGGAAAAUAUUUAUGAAUAUAUAUAUACAUUUCAUUAUAAAAAAUUUGUAAACAAUUCUGAGGAUUAUAUAAAAAAUAUAUCUAUAAAAUAUGACGAAUUAACUAAAGAUCAAAUAAUAAAUUAUUUUAUUUUUUUUACACACUUAUAUGAAUUGGAUAUAUCUGAUAUAUAUGUUCUUAUUAAUAUAAUGAACCAAAUAAAUAUGUUUCAUCCAUUUAUUGAUUUUUUUAUUUCAAAACGCGUUGAAAAUUUAUUACAAACCAAAUGGAAAAAUGAAGAAAUAAACAUAUUGGGAAAAUUUUCAUCAAAUAUUACUAAUAAAAAUACCCUUAAUCAAUACAAAUUUAGUGAUACAUAUCUUGAUGAUUAUAUUACAAAAAUGAAAAGAAUAAACGAAAAUAAUUUCCAAAAAAAAGAAUAUACAAAUAACAAAAAUAAUGGAAUGAUAGAAAAUAAUGUAAAUUUAAAUGAUGAUAAUACUCAUGGAGGAAUUCAUAGUCAAGAAUUUUUGAGAAAAAAUAUAGAUAAUUCACAAAAACAUUUUAAUGAUUUAAAUUUAUAUAAUCACAAUAUAUAUGCAUCGAAUUUUGAAAAUAUUAAUUACGAUUAUGAUAUUACUACAAAUACAAUAAAUUUAUUUUUAUCUCUAAAUAGCAAAUAUAAAACUAAACAUAUUAUAGAAAAAUAUUUAAAAUUUUUCCAUUUUGAAAAUGUUAAUUUAUUUAAAAUUAACUUUAAUCAUUUUAUUCAAAAAAGAAACCAAGAAACUUAUUCAACCACAAAAACAUCGAUACAAAAUUUAAAUAGUAUUGGCAUAACCUACAAAUUACCAGAUGAUAUAUUGGCAAAUCCGGUCCUUAGUGACAUGCUUGUAUAUUCUGAUACUAUAGAAGAUCGAGCUUCUUACAAAGUUAUCUCAGAAACAUAUAAUAAUACUUUCGAUAAAUUAAAUAUUAUAAGGAAUAUUGAUAGCAAAAAUGACGGAAUUUUUUGUCUACAUCCAAACUCUCGAAAAAUGGACACUGAAAUAAAUCACAAAAUAAUAUAUGACAUCAUUGAAAGUAGAAUAAAAUAUGAUAUCAACAUUAAAAAUUUCAUGCUAAAUAAUGAAAACAAGUACAAUGAAGAUAUAAAACAGAAUUUGGAAAAAGAUUUUCUUUCUAUAAAUAAUAUUAUUAAUCUUAUAAGUUAUCUUAACAACAUAAAUGAUGAUGCAAACUAUAUAAAAUUAUUAACAUUAUGUUUAAAAAAUAUAAUUCUAUGUAAAAAUGAAAUAAGCGAUAUAAAAGCAUUUAGACUAUUAACAAGCGAGCUAUUAAAUAUUAAAAGUAUAUAUCAAAAUAUUUAUAUAUCAUCAGAAUAUUCUUAUUUAAACAUGUUAAUAAAAUAUUAUAUUAAAACUAUGGAAAAUUUUAUUCCUUUUUUUGAUAUUUCAGAUUAUUUUAAAGCUACACAAAUAUUUAUUAAAUAUUCAUUAUCAAACAAAUAUUUAAAACCAUUAAUUAUAUUAAAUAAUGAACUAAAUAAUGUUCAUAUAAGAAACAUUAAUCUUAAUUUUAUUCAUAUUAUUUUGCAAUUUUACUUGAAAUUAAAUUUUAUAAACGAACAAUUUAUUGGAAAUUUAUUACACCGUUACGUUAAUUUUAUAUAUCAGCAAAUGGAAAAUAUACCUAAUACUACUAUAAUUUCAAAUGCUGUCAAAACAAACGAAUUACUUUUGUCUUUAUGUAUAAAAAAUAAAGAUAUCAUUAACCUCAAUUUUGUAAUAGCACAAAGAUACACAAAUUAUAUGAAUGAAUUUAAAAUCGAUGAUUCUAAUAUGAGCGACAAAUUUUCUAACACUGAAGAGGCAUAUAAUAUUUUGGAAUAUAACUUAAGCAAUUCAAAGGAUGAAAUACCUGAUCAAAACAAUGAACCUAUUAUUGAGUAUGAAAAAGAUAACGAAAAAGGUUACGAUAAUAGCGUAUUUAAUAAUGUAGAAAAAAAAACAGAAAAGGAUAUUCAUAAUAAUACCAAUAAAUAUUCGAUAAAUAAAGAAAUAAAUGAUGAUAUUACAGACGAUCAAACUAUUGAUGGUCAUAACAAUAAAAAUAAUCAUACUGAGCUAAUUCACAUACAACAUGAACAAAAUGAAGAUGACAAUAAAAACGAUGCAAUUGUACAGAACAAACAAUACGAAUUAUCAUUGACUCAUAAAUUGAAUAUAAUAUACUUUUUAUGCAAAUUUAAUUUUUAUAACAAUAUAAUAAAAUCAUAUUAUUUCCAAUUAAUUAACGAAUGUCUAAACAGCGAAAGUUUAUCAUUUAAUGAUGAGGAGUAUUGUAGAUUAUAUGAAAUUUAUGUGCAUGUUAUUCUUAAUUUUUAUUUCCUUUCUUUUGAUAAAAAUAAUAAAUAUAUUAAUUAUAUUUUAAGUAAUUUACCAUGUUAUCAUUGGUAUAAAAAAGAAGAAGAAAAAUUAAAUUUAUUUACAGCGUCAAAAGAUUAUACUGAUAUUAAUACUAUUUUAAGAAUUUUAAAUCUUAAUUUUCUUACACCCACAUUAACAGAAAUAUAUUUUAUUCAUUUUUUUAAUGACCUUAAAAAAAUAAAUUCUAUUGAAAUACCACAAAACGUAUUUCACCUUUAUCAAAAGUAUAACUUACUUAUUGAAGAUAUUCAAAAUAAAAAUGUUGCAAUUUUAUGCAUUCCCGAGGAAAAUGCAUUACUUGACGAAAAUCAGGAUUAUAAAAUUCUCAUAAAUGAGAGUCACUACGUUUACGAAAAUAUCAGAAAAACAUAUACAACAUCACUACUAUUUUUGAGCGAGUGGAAGAACUUAAACGUUGAAGAAAAAUGCGAUUAUAUCCUUCGGAUUUUAUAUACAUCCUUGAGAAGUUGA